GUCAGCUCCUUACCACCCAAUUCUAGCUUUGCUAACCUAUCAAAGGUCGAGGAGAUAUACUCGGUCACGACCUGAUGUCUCCGUACAUUAUACUGCGCGAUCAGGCCCGGACUGCUAGCAUCGUUGCAGCAGAAGUCACCUCUGCAUUAAUCACGAAGAAAGGAGCUGCUGUGGAUAAGGCAGGGCAGGACCCGUUUGCCGAGUUUCUCACAUACGUCGACAAUCUUCUGGAACGACCGCGACAAAACUCAAGUAUGGGAUUGCUAUCACCAACUGACACGGUACCUGGACGGUCAUCAAUAGUAGAAGACCACCAUCCUCAAACCAUGAAAGACUCGAUUGAUAUGGCUGUCCUUCGAAGCAACCUCACAGGCGCAGCAAACCAGAGCGCCAAUCGAUUUGAGAUCGCCCGUAGCGGCAGACGCGUUGCCGUUAUCAUGCUAGCUCGGCCAGCAUAUCGACUCGGAGAGACUAUGUCAGCCGUGAUCGACUUCACCAAUUCCCACAUACCGUGCUACUCUGUUCAUGUCUCGCUCGAAACCUCGGAGAAGGUUGACCCAGCCAUCGCGCUCCGCUCGAACGCAUCCAUUUAUCGUGUCACCAAAAAGGCUCAUGCAUCGUUCUCGGAGAAUGCGAUCUUCGCCCAGAAGCUAGCUUUCUCACCCACGAUCCCACCAAACGCGACACCGGAGUUUAUCACCAGCGGUAUCAGCUUGGAGUGGAAACUUAGGAUCGAAUUCAUCACGCCUCGAGUCACAAACGAAGAAGGUGGAGUGCAGACAUUCGAUGAUCUGCUCGAAGAGAUAUCUAGUGACGACAGAGGUGUCAUCCUGGCUGCUGCGCAAAGACUGCCAGCAGAGAGCUUCGAAGUGCAGGUUCCAAUCAAGGUCUACGGUGCAGCAACAGGAGCACCAGAUGCGCCAGACGAAGAAGGGCUUCCAGUAUGAAGCAGUCCACCAAGAUCGCUCUGAACUGCUACGACACGCCACCACGCGAUUCCCAUUGCAGACCCACAAUCAUAUGCAUAUUGCAUAUCGGGAAGGGACGCUCAAAAGAGGUAAUAACUUCGGUCACACUAUCACCAGCUACUAGCUUGGACACUUUGGAUAGACGACAUAGGCAAGCCAUGAGGGUCUUGCAUCAGGCGCCGCUCGACACGGGUACCGGAACAUGUGGGCACAUCAGACACAGCAGUGCUGAACAGUAACAAUGAUAAUUUUUACAAAAUCAAAUGAGUACCAGGUACAUCAUG